AUAUCGUAAGUUUUAUCCACCCUUCAUUUAAACUAAGAUGUUGUUUUACUCCCAAAGAUCCAACACCCACUUCCUGAUACACCUGUUUGUCAGGUAGGAUAGUCAGCCCGCAGUGUGCAGGCGCAACGGAGAAACUGAGUCAUGACAAAAUAGAUAAUGGACGGAAUUUUUCCGAAGGUUUGACGCAACUUGGAUUGUUUUUUUCCUUCCUAUGGUCAUGAACCAGUUUUCACAACUUAAAAUGCUUGGACCGCGUCGAGGGAAUACCGCUCUAAAUGUCGUUUUGCUGCUGUAUUUGGUCGGCUGCUUCGCCCCUCACUUGGUCUCCUCCAUCGCAGUGAGCACCCCAGCAGAACUCCAUGCAUCUCAAGGGGACACUGUCACAUUGUCCUGCACUUUCACGUCCACCAGUAGGCCGACCAGUAAGAUGACCGUCGACUGGUCCUACAGGCCCCAGAGUGGUGGGCCGCCAAUGACGUUUUUCCACUUCUCUUCACGGGCAUUCCCUCAACUUGACGGUCAGUUUGCUGGUCGUAUCCUGUGGCAGGGAAUCCCGGCGCGGGGGGAAGCCUCCAUCGCUCUUGUCAACGCCACGUUGAAAGAUAAUGGGACCUACACAUGCUCCGUCAGAAACCCCCCAGAUGUCCACGGGUCUCCGACUUCACACACUGUCCUCACUGUCACACCAAAAGUGCCCACCAUCCGCUUCUCUGAUGUUGCGGUCUUGCUCGCUUUCAUCCUCCUCCCCUCCGCUAUCAUCACCCUCAUUCUCAUUGGACGAAUGCUUUGUCCCAAGAAACAGCGCAACCAAUCAAAGGCCUACAGAUCACCCAUAGAGGUCACAGAGGGAGAGGAGUAUGGCAUCCACCAACCCAAAGAGAAGAAGCCCUCCUGCUGUGACCUAUAUAUGAUGGACUCGGAAGAUGAAGAUGGGUAUUACAACCUAAAAAAGGGGCCUCCUGUUGAUGAAGGCUAUGCAGAGUCUCAGUGCUAGAGAACCCUGCUGGUUGGGAGAUGCAACAGCAGCAUGAGGGUGGUACUGAAUGGAAAUUAAUGCUGGAUUCAUGUCUUCUUUGCCACAGUCGGCCACUCACUUUGGUGAUGUUUACUUUUUGUGGCGACAAAUACUUUGGAUUUUUGUCUGGAUUUUGCAUCUCCAGGAUUGUACUUACACUAUAAAUUAUGUCAGUAAUUUGAUUUACCUGUUGCCUACAAGCUCCUACAUUUUCAAAGCCAAUUCUUACAUUUUUAGAGCUUGUAGUCUUGAUGAGAUAUUUGUUUAUUUUGUGUGUACAGGUAAGCAUCCCGUAUCAUUCUGUCAACUCACCUUGUACAUGCAAACACAGAUGAGCACUAAAUGUAUUUUUAUAUCUUGAUGAUUUAUAUGAGUCACUUUCUUAUUGUGAAGGAGAUGGAGAUGGAGAGUUUUGUCUAAUUUAUUGCCUGUAUGAAAUGUUUUUGUUGAGCUCUAGUGGAACAUUUCUGUUAUAUUCUUAAUAUUUGGACAGAAAAUAAAUGGUUUGAUUUUGAAUGUCAUCUAGUACUAUUUAUGUAUAUAUCCUAUAUUUUCAGUGUCUGUAAAGUACUGUACCAUGUCGUUAUUCGUCUGGAUGUGGUCUUCUAUAGAUGUGGUUAUUUCAUGUAAUAUAACAGAAUUGAAAGUUUG